AUGUUUGCAGAAGACGAUCAUGAACUCGAGGCUAACAGUGACCGCAUGAGUGAGUUAAAAGCAUUUGAUGCCACAAAAGCUGGCGUUAAGGGACUGCUCUAUACAGAUCUCACAAAAAUCCCAAGUAUUUUCUACUCUUCAUCACGACCAAGCUUCGACGAAAAGAAGCUGCAAAGUGAUGAUGUCCAGUUCAGUGUUCCAAUCAUUGAUCUCAGAGGCAUCCAAAACGAUGCAGUUUCACGUGCCCGUGUCGUAGAGAAAGUUCGACAUGCAAGUGAGAAAUGGGGUUUCUUUCAGGUGGUGAAUCAUGGAGUUCCUGUUGAUAUUUUGGAUCAGAUGAUCGAUGGCAUACGCGGAUUCCAUGAGCAGGACAGUGAGGUUAAAAAAGAGUUCUAUUCGCGCUUUAGUGGCGUAUCAAACAACUCAUAA